AUGAAACAUCCAUUUCAGAAACUCAUAACGAAUAGUACUGGCGAAAUAUUGUUCGCAACUGUGACGAAUAGUCUUUACGCCUUCCGUUUAGCUGACGGCGCCCUUAUAGGUUCUUGGACAGACACUGUCAAGUUGCAGGACGUCCAGGAGAACAAGUUCAAAAGUGAAGACCAGCCUAACAAGAAGGCCAAGACUAAUAAAAAGGAACCAAAGGUUCCCGUGCCAGGUCCAGGCGCUCCCACGAUUUACAACUACAUAAGAUCGUUGGUUUUGACCAGGAACGAACAGUAUAUCAUUGGGACUACUGACAGCGACAAGGCUGCAGUCAUUUUCAAAAUCGAUACCGCCAAUGACAAUUGCUUAUCAUUGGUGAAAAGGCAGGUAUUCCCAAAAAGACCAUGUGCUAUCUCGACCACCUUUGAUGACUCUCAGUUGAUUGUGGCUGACAAGUUCGGUGAUGUCUACAGCAUUCUCAUUGAUGAAGAGGCACCAGUUGACGAGAAGUCUUUGCAACCAAUUCUAGGUCAUGUUUCGAUGUUGAGUGACGUGCUUGUCUCAAAACAUGAAAACAAGCAAUACAUCUUGACUGGUGACCGUGAUGAACACAUCAGAGUGACUAACUAUCCAAAGUCUUAUGUGGCCAAGCAAUGGCUCUUUGGCCACUCAGAGUUCGUCUCCUGUUUGCAUAUUCCUUCUUUCAACACUGAUCUUCUCAUUAGUGGCGGAGGAGAUGAUUAUCUUGCCUUGUGGAAUUGGUAUACUGGUGAGAGGCUUGCCACAGUGGACCUUCGUACACACAUCGAGCCUCAUCUUUCCGACUUCCAUCUUCCUCCAGAGAGAUUUAGAAACGAAGACCUGAAGCGUGAAAUUUCUAUCGCUAAGGUCGAGACAUUCAAGAUUGGGCAACAGAACAUUCUUGCCGUUUUGUGCGAGCACACAAAUUGCAUAAUUACAUUCGUAAUUGAGGAAGAUUUAACUAUCAAUCACAAGCAGACAUUUACGACAGAAAACUUGUUGAUUGACUUCGCGGUUUCUAAAGAUAAGCUUGUUGCUUCAGUUGAUGUCGAAAGUGACCUGGGAUUACUUAGCAUUCUUCAGUUCAACGAGGAGAAUCUUUUGCACAACGUUAACACUGACGUGGUGGAUACUAUUUCAAAAGCCUCGACUUGUGAAGUCGAUACUCGUGAUCAAUUUUAUCCGUUGUACUAUAUAAGCUCUUUGAGAAAGAGAAGUGAUCACUAA